AUGGUUCAAAUAACUGAAGUUAAAGACACCCAAUCAAGAGAAGCAAGAACCGCCGCCCAUACCCACAUCAAAGGCUUGGGCUUGGAUGAAAAAGGUGUGGCCAAAAAAAUCGAAGGAGGUUUCGUUGGUCAAAAUGAUGCUCGUGAAGCUUGUGGUAUUAUUGUGGAUUUAAUCAAAUCCAAGAAAAUGAGUGGUAGAGCUAUCCUUUUAGCUGGUCCUCCAGGUACUGGUAAAACUGCCCUUGCAUUGGCCAUCUCCCAAGAACUCGGUCCUAAAGUUCCCUUCUGUCCUAUCGUUGGUAGUGAAUUAUAUUCUGCCGAAGUCAAGAAAACUGCUGCCCUUAUGGAAAACUUCAGAAGAGCCAUUGGUCUUAGAAUCAAAGAAACUAAAGAGGUCUAUGAAGGUGAAGUCAUUGAACUUACCCCUGAAGAAAGUGAAAACCCCUUGGGAGGUUACGGUAAGACCAUUAGUCAUGUUAUUGUUGGAUUGAAAACUGCUAAAGGUACCAAGAACCUUAGACUUGAUCCUUCUAUCUAUGAAAGUAUCCAAAAAGAACGCGUUACUAUAGGAGAUGUCAUUUAUAUCGAAGCUAACACCGGUAGUGUUAAACGAGUAGGGAGAUCUGACGCCUACGCUACUGAAUUCGAUUUAGAAGCCGAAGAGUACGUGCCGUUACCAAAAGGUGAAGUUCACAAAAAGAAAGAAAUUGUUCAAGAUGUUACUUUACAUGAUUUAGAUGUAGCAAAUGCUAGACCACAAGGAGGUCAAGAUGUAUUAUCAAUGAUGGGACAAUUAUUAAAGCCAAAAAAGACGGAAAUUACCGAUAAAUUGAGAUCUGAAGUCAAUAAAGUGGUAAGUAAGUAUAUCGAUCAAGGAGUUGCUGAACUUAUUCCUGGAGUUUUAUUCAUUGAUGAAGUUAACAUGUUAGAUAUUGAAAUCUUCACUUACUUGAAUAAAGCGUUAGAAAGUUUAAUGGCUCCAAUUGUGGUAUUAGCUUCUAAUAGAGGGUUAACUACUAUUAGAGGUACGGAUGAUGAUAUUAAAGCUCCUCAUGGAUGUCCACCGGAUUUAAUUGAUAGAUUAUUGAUUGUUAGAACUUUAGCUUAUAAUCAAGAAGAGAUCAAGAUUAUUAUUGGUAAAAGAGCUGGGUUAGAAGGGUUAAAUGUUAGUAAUGAAGCUUUAGAUAAGUUAUCAUUACAUGGAAUUAAUAAUUCCUUAAGAUAUGCUUUACAAUUAUUGAGUCCAGCGGGCAUUUUAGCUAAAACUGCUAAUCGUCAAGAAAUUACUGUAGAUGAUAUUGAAGAAUGUGAAAUAUUAUUUUUAGAUUCGAAAAGAUCUAUUAAAGUAUUGGAAGAAAGUAGUGGAUAUAUUUAA